ACAACCGGCCUCACUAGGUGGAGGGCAAAUAUGUGAAGUCCAAAAUCACCGGUAGCCUUUAUUCCGACCUGCCGCCUUCAUUCCCAACAUUUUUCUCCUCUCGUCGGAACUCCCGCCGUUGCAUCUCUGUAAUUUUGAAGCAUUUGACUUCGUUUUCCAUUUCACCGUUCCGGUAUUCAACUUCUUCUCCUCAAUGUCCUCCUCGAGCAUCCUCUUCCGAGCUUCCAGGAGCCUGCACCGGAGCUCGCCGAUCCUCAUUGGCAACCAAUCACAGAACUGCCGAACUUUUCCGAUUCUCUACAGGCAAUUUCACGGUCUCGUUGAUGAGAUCUCCGGCAAGGUUGAGGUUCUUAAGCCGUGUUUUCAAGGCUUCCUCUUCCAGUCUGCUCCAGUUCAUGUGUCUCUACUAAAUCAUAUAGUCUUCAAUCCUUUCCCCUUCCAAAGAUUUGGAUUAUCCUCUACUGCUUCCCAUGAAUCUUCUGAAAAUGAAGAGAGGAGUGCAAAACAAGGUACUGUGAAUUCUGAAGUGUCUAACCAAGCAGAGGAAUUGAGUUCUACAACGGAUUCCCAUUCCACCAAGUCAAAAUCAAGACGACAGAGAAGGCGGACAAUAAGAACUGCAUUUUCCAAUUCGGAUUCUGAGAGCGACGAACAACCUUCCAUGGAUGAUCUAGUUAAAUCACUGACACGAAAGGAAGAGCUUCUGAAGUCUAAGCACAAAGAGAUUGAGAAAAUGCAAGAGAAAGUCCUCUGUUCUUAUGCAGAAAUGGAGAAUGUUAUGGACAGGACAAAACGUGAAGCAGAGAAUUCAAAGAAGUUUGCCAUUCAGAAUUUUGCAAAGAGUUUGCUUGAUGUUGCUGACAACUUGGGAAGAGCUUCAUCUGUUGUUAAAGACAGUUUCUCAAAAAUUGAUGAAUCUGAAGAUCCAAGUGGAGCCGUAGCUCUUCUAAAAACCCUUUUAGAAGGGGUUGAUAUGACUGAGAAACAGCUUAUGGAGGUAUUUAAGAAGUCGGGGGUCGAGAAAUUCGACCCUACAAGCGAGCCAUUUGACCCGCAUAAGCAUUAUGCUGUAUUCCAAAUACCGGAUGGAUCUAAGCCAGACGGCACUGUGGCUGUUGUGCUGAAGUCUGGAUAUAUGCUACAUGAUCGAGUUCUUCGGCCAGCCGAGGUUGGUGUGACUCAAGCAGUGGAAGAUAAUUAGACCGAUUAAUGUCUAAAGAUACUGAAGCUGCUAUGGCAGGCUCCCAAAAACAAGAACAAGAACAAGAACAAGAACAUGGUGUUUGAGGUGCAAACAACCAUUCUAUCUUUCCAAUUGAAUUAGAACUUAUUUUUCUUUUGUUAAAAAGAAUAGCAUUGAGUUAUUCAUAUACAUACCCACCAUAUGUGGUGCUUAAGACAUUGUUACAAGCAAGCUUCAUGUUUAAGGGGUCAAGGACAGAAGUCAUUCCCAAGAUUAUCUACAUGUUCAAGCCAAAAACCCGGAUUAACGAUGGUGCACGAGGGUUUCUAGCCAGUGCGACCAUCUCGAGAUGUAAUCAAAACCCCUUGUGAGAUCCCACAUCGGUUGGGAGGGGAACAAAGCAUUUUUUAAA